AUGACAAUUUUCUAUAUAUUUGAUUGCAAUAAACUGUACACCAAAUCCCUUCGAGAAUUGAAUCUUGAUUCCGAUUUUCUUCGAGAACUUUCCGACAACAGCACCGAGACAUGCUCUCCGAGAAUCGCCGGACCCGUCAACGAUCUUAUCUGCAUCUACGGAGUGUUAAUUUCAACUCAAGGAAUCGCGCUGGUCGAUCUUUCUCGCGCGAAAACCGAGAUAGUUCUCCCGAGGUAUCCAAUAUUCGAAAUCCAUUUGGAUCGAACACUUGUGCGCAAUGUAGGACUCGGUUUCAACAGUAAGGCGAAUGAAUUCGUUGUGGUGCGAUUGAUGUCUUAUGAAUUAAUAAGAGAUUUUCAAAGCAAUUAUCGUGUCCGUGUCGAUUUAUAUUCCGUAAAGCAAAAUUCUUGGAGAAAAUUUGAGCAUGAUCUCGGCAACGUAGUUAUCAAGAAAGAAAUCGGGUCGUGCCGGAAUGGAUCCCUUUGUCAUUGGCUGGUACAAGAGUAUGGUCGAUUAAUGUAUAUACUGUCGUUCGACUUUAACGACUUCAUCUUCCGGAAAACCCCGCUUCCACCGCGUUUGUAUUAUCCCGGAUUAGACGUGAUCAAGCAAGAGAGAAUCGAGGUUUUUGUUGAGGGUAACUCGCUUGCCCUAUUCACUUACCCGACUUUAGGAGAUGAUUAUGUUUUGGAGAGAUGGGUUUUCUCUCCUUUUGGAGAAAAGGAGAAAUGGACGAAAUUGCCCCCCAUUGGACCACUUUUGCAAGUGUCGAAGCCGGUGGCUUUGUGGGAGAAUUACGGUCUUGUUUUGAAGUAUUGUCACGACGGAAAGUACUUAGCUUAUUACGAUUAUUCGACUCGAGAAGUAAGAAAUAUUGAGAUUCCUCAGAAGAAGCAUGAUCAUGUUAAGCUUAUUGAGUACAAGGGAACCCUAUUUUCACUACGUACACAAAAGUAG